UGGUUUUGACUGCACAAUACCUCACUUCCUCGGCAGGCAGGCAGCUGCCAUUUCUGUGCCGAGUGAAAGGAGGGAGACAAGAGAGGUAUCAGCUGCUGAGCGGCUCAAGACAGACAAGAAGCCCGUGGGUGGAUAUCUCGACGGUGGCCUCAGCUGGGUGCGAGGAAGCAAGGAAGCAAGGAAGCAGCAGCGGCUUGAUGGCUGCUAACGGGCUGGACCAGGACCUGGCCAGCAAGAGGCUCCACUCAAGGAUGGAGGCGUCCUGCCUGGAGCUGGCGCUGGAGGGGGAGAGGCUGUGCAAGGCGGGGGACUUCAAGGGCGGGACAGCCUUCUUCGAGGCGGCCGUGCAGGUGGGCACGGAGGACCUGAAGACCCUCAGCGCCAUCUACAGCCAGCUGGGCAACGCCUACUUCUACCUGAAGGAGUACGGGAAGGCCCUGGAGUACCACACGCACGACCUCACCCUGGCCAGGACGAUAGGGGACAGGAUCGGGGAGGGGAAAGCCAGCGGUAACCUUGGCAACACGUUGAAAGUGUUGGGGCGCUUCGACGAGGCGGCCGUGUGCUGCCAGAGACACCUGGACAUCUCCCAGGAGCAAGGGGACAAGGUGGGCGAGGCCAGGGCUCUGUACAACAUCGGCAAUGUGUUCCACGCCAAGGGCAAGCAGCAGCUGUGGGGCUGCACCCUGGAGCCGGGAGAGCUGCCCUCCGAGGUCCACGACACCCUGCAGAAGGCCACCGGCUUCUACGAGAAGAACCUGGGCCUAGUCAAAGAGCUGGGCGACCGCGCCGCCCAGGGAAGGGCCUAUGGUAACCUUGGCAACACGCAUUACCUGCUGGGGAACUUCGUGGAGGCCAUCAAGUUCCAUCGACAGAGGCUGUCCAUUGCCAAAGAAUUUGGUGACAAAGCAGCAGAGCGCAGAGCCUACAGUAACCUUGGCAACGCUCUCAUAUUCUUGGGCCAGUUCAACACUGCCACGGAGUACUAUAGGAAAACCCUGCAGCUGUCCCGGCAGCUGCGGGACCAGGUGAUGGAGGCGCAGGCCUGCUACAGCCUGGGCAACACCUUCACCCUGCUGCAGCAGUACGAGAGGGCCAUCGACUACCACCUCAAGCACCUGCGCAUCGCCCAGGAGCUCACGGACCGGGUGGGCGAGGGUCGAGCCUGCUGGAGCCUGGGGAACGCCUACGUGUCUUUAGCCAAUCACAGACAAGCUCUCCAAUAUGCCAGGAGGCACCUGGACAUAUCCAAAGAGAUCGGGGACAGGAACGGGGAGUUGACUGCCAGGAUGAACGUGGAGCAGCUGAUGGAGGUGCUGGGGGUGACCGAGACUGACCUUUCACCCUGCAGCUCAGAGUUCGAGAUCCAGGGGGCGCGCCCCAAAUUCACCAAGAGAAACAGCAUGGACAGUGUGGAUUUGUGGAAGUACUCGGAUAAGAACGGAGACAGCCAGGACCUAGACAGCAUAUCCCGGAGAUCCAAGAGUCAGCUGUCCCAGCCGGGCCCCAGGACUGGCUAUCCCGACAGUCAAUCAUCAGACGACAGGCCAUGGGCCGACUCUCCUGUUGACACCGAUGACAUCACCGUGCAAGUCCCACCCCCAAAGUUGGGUCGAGAGCCCUCUGAUGAGGACUGCUUCUUCGACCUGCUCAGCAAGUUCCAGAGCAGCCGCAUGGACGACCAGCGCUGCGACCUCGACGAGGCCCCCGACGGAGCGGACGCCGCCGACGCCGUGACGGACCCCUCCCACAACACGUCCCCCCAGACGGAGGAGCUCUUCGACCUGAUCGCCAGCACCCAGAGCCGCCGCCUCGACGACCAGCGGGUUAACGUGGGCAACCUGCCGGGUCUCAGAAUAACCCAUAAUAAUCUGGGCCACCUUGUCGGCGAGGGGGACCCCCAGGAGCCCAGCGACGACUUCUUCAACAUGCUCAUCAAGUGCCAGUCGGCCCGGAUCGACGACCAGCGGUGCUCCCCCCCGGAGGCGGGCCCCCACGCGCCCACGGUGCCCGACGAGGACUUCUUCAGCCUCAUCCAGCGGGUGCAGGCCAAGCGCAUGGACGAGCAGCGGGUGCACCUGCACGGGGACGACGAGGACUCCCCCGAGCCCUCCGGGGCCGAAUCCAGUUAGUCUCCGGACUCUUGAGUGUCGCGCGUCGAGGGCCCGUGGCGCGGUCGUACAUGACGACAAACUGAGCGCGAAGUUCGGAUCGUGUCAGAGAAUCGUGUUGUUUUUUUAUUUUAGGUGAAGGGGGGCGGGGCGUGUGAGUGAGUGACAGAUCGUAAUGUGCAAUAGUCGGCUCGGUGUAUGAAAGGUGCUGGUGGUGAGAUUUUAGAGCUAUGAUUUGAGUGUUAUCCGUCGUAGGUAGCCAUCCUUCAGCUGUUUGUGAGUGAAACGCUCUGAGGAUGUCUGUUCCGGUCGGCUGCGCCUGCCCUUCGUAGGGGAUCGCUUUGGUUCUGAUACCGCUCCCCGCUCGUUUCCGACCAAUCAGGGAUUCUCUUCCCUGAUUGGCUCAGGCAGUCCGUCUUUCCUGUCGGUUCACAUUCGCGGACACGCCGUUAUCUCUAUGGGUGAAAGAUGUAGGGUUCUGCUUCCUCUCUUUACAACUCUCAGAUCGUACCUUAUAACACCUUAUUUGGCACCAGGUGAGACGUUGAUUAGCCGAAAUCUGUCCACUUGUGACAUCACGAGUGGGAGUGUCAUUCCGGACAUAUGAUUGGUUGAUGACCUCAAGACUACCAGUUGGGACGGUCCACCAUGGGGAUGACUGGAGUUUAACCCUUUCAUCGCAAAAAAUAAUGUCAAUGCAUUUUGGGGUGUCUGCAAAUAUUUAACACAUGGGAAAGUGAUUAUGUGGACAGAGAUAUUUACCCAGUUUAAUGCCUUAAUCAGUCUGUUUUUUCCUGGAAUCGGAUUGUAUUCCCGCGUCAAACGUCUUGUGAUUCCGUGGCGCAUGAUAAGCAUAUAACUUGAAGGAUUUUUUUUUAUUCGUGUGCAGUAUUAGGGAUAAUGAAUAUCCAUGUUUCCACCAACUGCCUCUUAAAAUUGGCACAUUUGUGAUAAGUCAGGUUUCUUUUCAUUGGCUUUGUUGAUAGGAUAGAGAUAAUUUGGCGUUGUCAUUUAAAGUAGAUUAAACCAUACAAGUAGUUUUAUUUAAUAUAUUCUGAAGGCCACAGCAAUUUAACAUUGUAAAACAUGCGUUCAUCUACCUAUACAGUAUAAGGUUAACCAGAUGUAUUUAGCAAAAAAAAAAACUUCAGACUAGGUAUUUAUUUUAUAGAUUUGGUGAGAUUAUUGUAUUUUUUUUUGCAAAUUAAACAAAUAUAAAUGAGCAGAUUAAAUAUUUUUAAUGGUGAAUGUUUUUCAGUGCAGUUUGUGGUCUGGUGCCCUGAACAAUAGGGAACAAACGCCAACUAUCCGCUCUGUUAUAUCUGUUCUGUUGCUAUUGCGCCACCCUGUGGUUAAAAACCACUAUUAAUAAUAAUAAUGAAUAAAGCUAUAGAAAUCCACUAUAGGCAAUGAUGGAAUUCCCUUUCCAUCUAUAUGUUGGCAGUUUAAGUUGUGAUUAUGAUAAUAAUAAUAAUAAAUAUGCGCUUUGGUUUAUGUGCUUAUUUCGGUGAUUGGUUUGGGAUUUAGGAGCUGAAAAAUUCAUGCAGCGUUCAGUUGGGAGAGUCUUUAAAACAAAUGGUGCCUAGUGUGUAUUUUGGUUAAUUUUGUACAUUUUGAGCUAUCUUUCGACCUUUGUAUGAACGCAUUUACCAUAGUCUGAGAGAAAAUGCAUUUAAUGGCGUACAAUGUUGAAAUCCUUUACGAGGGCAUAUUUGCAGUUUUUAAAGGUAGGGUGAAGCUGGUUUUUCUGUCUUUUCUUCUUUGGGAGAUUUUUCAAAUUUAAGUAUUUAGGAAAGGUUCUGGUCUUGGGUUGGCCUCAGUGAGCCGUUGAGCAUUUUCUGUUCAUUUUUCUGUUUGUAAUGGGUGAGCAUUAUCAAAAGAAUUCCACACGUUACACUUCUGCUGGUCACUGCCAUGAUAUUAUGUACAUGUAAAUAUUUUGUAUUUGUGUUCCCUUUUCAAGGACAUAAAAAAAAGGUCCCCUUAUGCUUUUAAUAAAAACAUUCAGUUGUUUAAUUUGGGGUCUUCCCUUGUGUUGCUUUUCACAUGCAAACCCAUUUGCAUUGCAUGUUUACUUGUUCAUGCAUUUGGAAACCAGUAACUAAGAUAGGGAGACGAUAUCCAAUGUGUAUCAUACUAGAACAUAACCUUGCCCACUGUACAGAAAGGCAAGAAUGAGGUAUU